AAUGCAACAUUUUCAGGCUAAAAGGGUUCAAUCGCCAAUUCCAAAAGUAUCUAUUGACUUUGCUUAUCAGAACAAAACAAAACAGAAGCUAUUAACUUCUUCCUUCUGACACGACCAAGUCAUUGGUUGGACCCGUUCCUAUGUUCAUUCCCCAUCAACCACAUAAUAUCUAAAGGUUCUGUGGAAGUUGCAGGGUGGAGCCAAAGCCAAGCCACAACAUGAAGAAAAAACCACAGUUAUGGUUGUCUCUCCUCAUCACAUGCUUCGCUUUCCACACCUACACCUCCCUUGCUGCUUUGACAACCAUCUCAGCAAACCAAUCUCUUUCUGGGGAUCAAACUCUUGUCUCCGAAGGUGGCAGUUUUGAAUUGGGUUUCUUCAACAAAGGUAACAAAUCUAAAUACUACAUAGGCAUGUGGUACAAAAUGGUAUCAGAAAGAACAUAUGUUUGGGUAGCAAAUAGAGACAAACCAGUUUCUGAUAAGAAUUCUGCCAAGUUAACAAUAUCAGGUGGUAAUUUAGUGCUCUUUGACCAGUCUCAAAAUCUAGUUUGGUCAACCAAUUUAAGUUCUCCUAGCUCAGGUUCUGUGGUAGCUACACUUCUAGAUACUGGGAAUCUUGUACUAAGUAAUAGGCCUAAUGCAUCAGUAUCAGAUGCUAUGUGGCAGAGUUUUGAUCAUCCAACAGAUACAUGGCUUCCUGGUGGCAAAAUAAGAUUGGAUAACAAAACAAAGAAGCCCCAAUAUCUCACUUCAUGGAAGAACAGUGAUGAUCCUGCCACAGGUUUAUUCUCUCUAGAACUAGACCCUAAUGGAAGCACUGCAUAUUUGAUUCUUUGGAAUAAGUCUGUACAGUAUUGGACAAGUGGUGCUUGGAAUGGACACAUUUUCAGCUUGGUUCCUGAAAUGAGGUUAAACUAUAUAUACAAUUUUACCUUUCAGUCUAAUGAGAAUGAGAGCUACUUCACCUACUCCUUAUAUAAUACUUCUCUUAUAUCCCGUUUUGUGAUGGAUGUCUCUGGGCAGAUCAAACAACUUUCUUGGCUUGAAAAUACUCAGCAAUGGAAUUUGUUUUGGUCACAGCCAAGGCAACAAUGUGAAGUUUAUGCCUUUUGUGGUGAAUUUGGGAGCUGCACUGAGAACUCCAUGCCAUAUUGUAAUUGUUUAACUGGGUAUGAGCCAAGGUCACAAUCUGAUUGGGAUCUUGGGGAUCACUCAGGUGGGUGUGUGAGAAAAACAAAGUUUCAGUGCGAGACCUCAAAUCCUUCUAACAAAGACAAGGACAGAUUCCUUCCCAUUCCCAACAUGGCAUUGCCUAAUCAAUCACAGUCUGUGGGAGCUGGGAAUGCUGGUGAAUGUGAAUCAACUUGUUUGAGUAACUGUUCUUGUACUGCAUAUGCUUAUGGCACCACUGGAUGCUCAAUAUGGAAUGGUGAUCUCUUGAAUCUUCAACAGCUUUCUCAAGAUGAUAGUAGUGGACAGACUUUGUUUCUCAAACUUGCAGCAUCUGAGUUUCACGAUGAUAAAAGCAAAAAUGGAAUGAUAAUUGGUGUUGUUGCUGGUGUUGUUGGUGGCAUAGUGGUUCUUCUCCUAGUCGUUGUUUUUGUCAUGUUGAGGCGCAGAAAGAGAUUUAUAGGCACUGGAACAUCAGUGGAGGGUUCAUUGGUGGCAUUUGGGUACAGGGAUUUGCAAAAUGCUACAAAGAAUUUCUCAGAGAAACUUGGAGGAGGGGGCUUUGGUUCUGUCUUCAAAGGAACAUUGUCUGAUUCAAGUGUCAUAGCAGUGAAGAAGCUUGAAAGCAUUAGCCAAGGUGAGAAACAGUUCAGAUCAGAAGUGAGUACAAUUGGGACAGUCCAACAUGUCAACCUUGUUAGGCUUCGUGGGUUUUGUUCUGAAGGUGCAAGGAAACUGCUUGUUUAUGAUUACAUGCCAAAUGGCUCCUUGGAUUCCAAACUGUUUAAGGAAGAUAACUCCAAGGUGUUGGAUUGGAAAAUGAGGUACCAAAUUGCUCUUGGAACAGCAAGGGGUUUGACUUAUCUCCAUGAGAAGUGUAGAGACUGUAUCAUACACUGUGAUGUAAAGCCAGAAAACAUUCUCCUAGAUGCUGAUUUUGUUCCAAAGGUGGCAGACUUUGGUCUUGCAAAGCUGGUUGGAAGGGACUUCAGCAGGGUCCUUACUACCAUGAGAGGAACAAGAGGGUAUCUUGCCCCAGAGUGGAUUUCAGGAGUGGCUAUCACAGCCAAAGCUGAUGUUUACAGCUAUGGAAUGAUGCUUUUUGAGUUUGUGUCAGGUAGGAGAAACUCUGAGCCAUCAGAAGAUGGACAAGUUAGGUUCUUUCCUACAUUGGCUGCAAACAUGGUGCACCAUGGAGGCAGCAAUGUGCUUAGCUUGUUGGACCCUAGGUUGGAGGGAAAUGCUGACAUUGAAGAGGUCAUUAGAGUGAUAAAACUUGCUUCUUGGUGUGUGCAAGAUGAUGAAACUCAUAGGCCAUCCAUGGGUCAGGUAGUUCAAAUCCUUGAAGGGGUCUUGGAUGUGACUCUGCCUCCAAUUCCAAGGUCCCUUCAAGCAUUUAUUGACAACCAUGAGAACAUAGUUUUCUUCACUGAUACCAGCUCCACACAGAGUUCACAGGUAAAGAGCAAUGUAUCAACAGGAUCCUCUCAAGCCAAAAGCAACAUCUCAUCCGAUGACCCCUUUUCCUCAAGACAAAAUUAGGACUUUUUCUUGGUUUCUCUCAAUUCUAAUGUUACAGUAAAUGGUGCCAUGUUUUUAUUUUGAGGUAUGUAAUUGUAAUGUUAUGGUUUGUAUCCGGAUGAACUAUUGUAAGAUUUUGGUAUAUUCAACCAAAAUAAUGUCAUAUGAUCCUGAUAUAGCAGCUGUUUCUGUAUUUGUGUAAGUGGAUGAUUUGCUAAAUUAGACAAUUACAAUCAUAAACACGGUGCUGCUAAGUUAGGUGCGUUAAGUAAUAAAUUCUUUACAAACUAAUUAUUUUUUAUACAGUUAAUCAAUGAUGUGUUGAUAAGCUUACCGGGACAAGAGGGGGUGUUGGAGCUGCUAUAUUUGCUUCUAGUUACUGUUGAAGUGUGAGAUUCUGUGGACAAAUUUUGCAGUAUAGUAGUUGCUUAUUUUUAUUUUUAUUUUAAUCACAGUAAGGAU